AUGGAUAAACAAGAUAUUAAAAAGAUGACCAAGAAAAAACUCAUCUUUGAGGUCAUUAAAGAGCGAAAACGUAACAAAGAAAAGGACGAAAUCAUCCAUGAUAGACUCGAGUCCAAAAAGCGUUUGCAUGAUCUGCGACUGCAGCUGGACAAGGAGAAGAAUAUAACGAAGGAGUUGCGACUGAAGCUAUCGGACCAGGACGCGAUUGCACAUCAAGCGCAGAACCUGUCUAUGAAACUACAGAAGAUCGCCAAAGAGAACAAGUGCUACAUCUGCAAAUUGAAGUAUGAGGUUACCGGAGGACAUCGCGCAGUUUCCAUUAAAUGCGGUCACCUUUUCGGAGAGAAGUGCAUCCUAGAUCACUUGAAGCGUAGCAAGGCAUGCCCCAUCUGCAAAUCACUGACUAGCUAUACGGAUGUUCGCUUUAUUAUAGCAGGCCAAAACUUGUGCACGGCUGAAUUAUUAAAUUAAACAUUAUAUUUGCUGGGAAGUUGGACAAAAUAAAAACCGAAGUAAAUGAAAAAAGAGAAAUUAAUAUCUUAGUAGAUGUUUAUGGCACACAAACAUAAACCUUUGGAUAAUUAAACCCUCACAAUCAUUUUCUCAAUUUUCAUUUAAUUUCCCUAAUUCAAUAAAUAGAUCAUUUGAACAUUUUGCAAGAGUGCAAGAGCUCAAGUGGAGUGAGCCCCUUAAUCCCUUAAUCAAUAAACCCCACUCCGCUAUAUACAUAAUAUGUUAUUGUUGUUGUGUGGGGGAACUAUUAUUAAUUUGUCAAAAACGACGCGCCAAUCAAUUAGGCUCAAUAAUCUGUCGCACAGUUGGCCAAAUAACAUUGAGAAAUUGGCUCACUUAAUGAAUAAGAGGGAAUUAGAAAAGUAGCAGCAAUAAGAAGGGGAAGUAAAAAUGAUCAAACCCACAGAACACCAAAAGAAUCACGUUAAAUAAUGUAAUGUAACAUUAAUGUAUCUUUGUAUUAAUAAUAUAUGUACAUAUAUUUGUGCAUUUGCUUUUUUAGAGCAAGGUCCUUAUCUGACUAAUUGAAUCAGGCUACAGUAACUAACUGGCUAAAUUAGCAAACUUGUGCUGAGUUUGGUCGGUGGGAGUUGUCUGUCUCCUUUUUGUGGUGGCUGCUCCUCUCCCAUUUUUUUUCGCGUGCAUCUUCUCUUCUCGCCCGAGGAGAGUGUGAACUCACGUACACACGCAGCCAAAAGUUUUUAGUUCCGUGGCAACCGCGUGCGUCUUUUGUUUCCUUUUUUCUUCUCUUGCGAUUUUCUUUACUUUGCUCCCUUUUCUUCUAUUCGCCGGGGUUGUCAAGCAGAAGUUUUGUUGUUAUAAGUGGUGAAAUGGAUGCUGAAGUUGUUGUGUUUUAUGCAUAGGCCCGGUGCUAUUGUUGUUGUUACGCAGUUGUACAUAAAUAUCCAAACAAGCCUAUGUGUAGUGAAUCCCAAUCAGCUUUGUUUACAAGGUCCACUCCAAUUCCUACGCACUCCAGUUGUGGCGAGAGUUUCUUAUGCGACAUCCACUGAAGCUGGAGCUGCCAAAAGAUAUGCACGAGGUGGCGAAAGCUGAGCGAGAAUCGGGCGGCAGAUGACAAGGACAACGCCACGCACAUGGCGGCAAGGCUACAACAAGGAUACAGGAUACGGGCAACCGGAUAUUAAA